AUGAUUUCGCCCAGGCUCAAGUACGUGCUUGCGUUCGUCGGCACGCUCGUGACGCUGCACCUGCUGUUGUCGAUCCACCCGACAUACCGAGACCACACGCUUCCGAAGGCGCUCCGCCCCGGCUCGAGCUCGAGCUCGGUGACCGACGAGACGAUCGUCGACAUCCCGGAAGCCGCGGUGCCAUCGCCGCCGACGUCCGAGGAGCUGCGUAUCGCCGAGGAGGCAAACAGCAGCCGGAAGAAGGCGAAUGCGGCCUUUGUCGUGCUGGCGCGCAACAGCGAUCUGUUCGAGUUCCUCUCCUCGAUGCGCCAGGUCGAGGACCGCUUCAACCACUGGGCGCGCUACGACUGGGUGUUCCUGAACGACGAGCCGUUCGACGACCAGUUCAAGCGGUACACGUCCGACCUUGCGUCGGGCGAGACCAAGUACGGCCUGAUCCCGAAGGAGAUCUGGGAGCAGCCCGACUGGAUCGACGAGGACAAGGCGGCCAAGGGCCGCGAGCAGAUGAUCAAGAUGAAGGUUAUCUACGGCCACUCUGUGCCGUACCGGAACAUGUGUCGGUUCAACUCUGGCUACUUCUUCCGACACGAGCUCGUGCUCCCGUACGACUACUACUGGCGCGUCGAGCCCGGCAUCAAGCUCUUCUGCGACCUCACCUAUGACCCCUUCCUCCUCAUGCAGGAGCAGGAGAAGGUGUACGGCUUCACGCUCUCGCUGCUCGAGUACAAGGAGACGAUCCCGACGCUGUGGGAGGCGACAAAGGAGUUCAUCAAGGAGAACCCCCAGUACGUCGUUGACGGCAAUGCGGUCGACUUUAUCUCGGACGACGGAGGCGAGGACUACAACCUCUGCCACUUCUGGAGCAACUUUGAGAUUGGCGACAUGCGCUUCUGGCGCUCAGAGGCUUACAUCAAGUACUUUGAGCAUCUCGACAAGCAGGGCGGAUUCUAUUAUGAGCGCUGGGGAGACGCGCCCGUUCACUCCCUCGCCGCCGCCCUCUUCCUCCCCAAGGAGAAGAUUCACUGGUUCGACGACAUUGGUUACCGCCACGAGCCCUUCCAGCACUGCCCGCAGGGCAAGUCGAACCGCGACCAGAAGUGCUGGUGUGACGAGAAGGACUCGUUUGACUGGCACGGCUACUCGUGCACUCGCCGAUGGGUCGCCCAGUUCCCGGACGGCACCAUCCGCAAGCCCGCCGACGGACAGCGCACGGCCCCGUGGAAGCGCUCUGACAUGCCCGAGCAGCACCCCCUCAUCAACGCCACCGCUGCCUAA